AUGUCUCAGAUGAUAUCUCAAGCUGGGGAAGAGGGCGGGGGGGAGCAAAAGGCGGUCCAGAGCAACAUCAAGAAGGACGAGAGGUUCGACGUGCGCUGGGAGGGCAUGCCCUUCAAGCACCGCAAGAUCGGCCGCGGGCCCAAGGCCACCUAUGAGAAGGUUUGCAUCAUGCCGCUGUGGCUCCGCAACCUGUGGCCGACGUCGGAGUUCGACCCCUGCGCCGUCUGGGAGCAAGCCAAGGAGGAGGAGGCGGAGGAGGAAGUCGUCAGGGAGAAGGCUGCCGCUGCGGAAGCAGCGGCUAGCAAGGGCUCCAAGGGGGGUGGGUCGAAAGCGAAGAAGGGAGGUGGCGGCGGGGGCAAGCUUAGCAAGAAGGAGACCAUCCAGGCUGAGCAGGCGAAGAAACGUGCCGAGGAGACGAUCGAGAGGGACCUGGAGAAGCUGGGAAACGUGCUCAAGAUGCGCGAACGCAGCAUGCUCUACAGCAUGAAGCUCGAGACGAAGCUCGGCCGGCUCAACCAGAUGCUGGAGAUCUUGGCGGACUCUCUCAAGGCCAACGACCCCAAGACAGCGUUCGACGUGCUGUGGGAGAUCGAGUCCUUCCCCCUCUUCCUGCAGGCGGUGGCGGAGGAGGUUGCCCGCGACGCGGACGCGGGGGGGGCGGGUGACGAGAAGGAGAAGAAGAAGAGCAGCAAGGAGAAGAAGAAGAGCAAGGACAAGGACGAGAAGAAGAGCAAGAAGUCUGCCCCCCGCAGCGCGCCCACCCAGCUGGUGUACGAGUUCAAGAAGACCCUCAAGGCGGCCCGCAAGCUGAGGGACAGCCAAGACAUGACCGAGUACCAGCUCGUCGAGAUGCACGACCGGCUGCCCCCUCUCUCCCGCUUCACAACCGGCUGGAAGCUGGAUGAGUGGCAGAAGCGCGUGCUGAGGCAGGUUGACAAGAAGAACUCGGCCAUCGUGUGCGCGCCGACGUCCUCCGGAAAGACCAUCAUCUCCACGUACGUGACUGUGGCGGCGGGGGCGUCGGGAAAGAUCCUGUUCGUGGUGCCCACGGAACCCCUCGUGUGGCAGGUGGCAGCGCUUUUCAACAAGCUUCUCCGAGGGCAGGUGGCGAUCUGCAUGGACCAGAUCUAUUACCGACCGGAUAUCGAGCUUCGGACUAUCGUGGGCACCCCCAUGGCGCUCGAGACGGCUUUGACGAAGCUCAGGGGGGCCGUGGGGGAUGAGGUCGUGGGGAAGCUUGACUACACGCAAAUGAAGGGGGGAUUCGACUUCGACUACGCCGUGUACGACGAGGUGCACUCGUUGGACAGCGAGGAGGGUGACGCUCUUCAGCGACUUAUCCGCGCGGUGAACUGCAACUUCCUCGCCCUGUCCGCCACCAUCGGAAACGCUCAGCAGCUCAAGGACUGGUGGACUGAGGUCCAGGGGGAGCAGGCCAGAGACCUAGAGGUGAUCGAAGCGCCGGCGGGUGCGGGAGAGGGUCGAAGGGGCUUCGUGCCUCCGUCGGGGGAAGUGUACCUGGAGGAGCACAGCGGCAGGUUCAUCAACCUGCAGCGGUACGUGUGGAUGGGUUCGACGUUCGUGAACCUCCACCCGUGUUCGGCCAUGUCGGUGGAGCUGCUGCAGAGCGGCAGGACGGAGGAGGUUUCCCUUUCCUUCACCCCUCACGACACCUACAAGCUCUGGGAGGCGUUCUUGGAGUUCUACCCGGAGGAAGCCGUAAAGGACCUUGAGCCAGCCGGCUUCUUCGCCAAGUACGAGACCAACCGCAUCUCGCUGCAGCAGGCCAAGGACUACGAAGAGGUCCUCGUUAAGAGGCUGGAAAAGCUGUCAACUGACAAUCCCAAGGAGACCGGCGAUCUGCUCCAGAGGUUUAACCCAGGAACCGUGGGUCCGGACGUGUCCAUCUACGACGCCGUGAUCGACAUGAAGGAUAAGGGGCUGUGUCCGGUGAUCGCCUUCCACCUGGACACCUUCAUGGCCCUAAGCCUCUUCAAGGAGCUCCUUAAGGACGUGGAGGUCCAGCAGCGCAACAAGUACCCCAACUGGGCGGAGGAGCAGAGAAAGAAGGCGGCGGAACUUGCUCGAGUCCGAGCCAUCAGGGAGAAGAAGAUGGACCGCAACAAGAAGGAGGCGGAGGAAGAGGAGAAGGAGGGGGACGACGAGACGAGCGGUUUCGUCGACGUCACCGCGCCUCACCCCGAGUUCGUGCUCUCGCCGCCGAACGCCCGCGUGUCUUCGAGGGAGUUCGAGGACAUCUGCGAGGACCUGGCUCCUCCCAACGGGAAGGGGGAGCUCAAGAACCCUCAGCACCCUUUCCUUCGGGCGCUCCGUCGAGGUUUCGGCAUCUACAUCGACGACGCGUCUUUCUCGCGGUACCGCCGGGUGGUGCAGCGGUUGGCCCAGCAGGGAAAGCUCUCCGUCGUCUUCAGUGACGAGUCGCUCGCGUACGGCGUGAACAUGCCCUUCCGGUCGUGCUGCUUCUGCGGCAGCAUGGAUGGGCUCCUCAACCCCCUGGUGGCGCAGCAGAUGUCUGGAAGGGCGGGGCGCCGUGGACUCGACACGCAGGGAAACCUGCUGUACAUGAACAUGGCGUGGCCGAAGAUCCAGGGUCUCAUGCUCGGAGACAUCCCGGCCAUCGUGGGGCAGGACCCCCAAUACCCUACCAUUGCUCUCCAUCACGCUCUCUCUGCGGAAACCCCCGGAGGCAUGAACUUCGUGGACGCCCAGAUGGGGAGACGAAUGGCCUCGAGGACCCUACAAGAGUUCAACGAGAAAAUUCUGCCGGACGAGCACUACACGGAAACCUCACAGGGCAUCAUGCGGCAGCUGGGCUUCCUGGACGGUGACAACGACCUUAAGGCGCCCAGGAUGCUCCUUGUGGCGGUGUGGGAGCUGCGCAUGUUCCUUCCGGAGUCGCUCAUGCUGGCCCACCUCAUGGACACGUUCAUGGCGCAUUUCGUCACAGGUCGGCACGCUGACCACGCGGAAAACAUCGGGGUCCAGGUCGAGUUCAUGGGACUGCUGGCCAUGAUCGUCGAUAGGGUACCCUGCAAACCGGGGGACACCCCUCUUCGAGAGGUGAACUACUUCACCAAGAACCCCGAGAGAGCUGCCAGGAUGGAGUCCUGGAGCGGCAUCAUCAAGGACUUCCAAGACGGUCUCACUGGCAUGCCUGAGGAGGACAAGAUGCGCCUGCCCGUUCCGGUGGGAGAGCCGUUGGACAGCUCUAUCUUCCAGGUGAUCAGCGCCAACUCCUUCAAGCCGAUCGAACCGGUGAGCUCGUUCGAUAAGUUCCGCCUCAUGCGAAGGCUGAGAAAAAUCGGGGGCAUCCUGAUGACCCUGCACAACGUGCUCAUGAUGGAGGCGCCCUACGACCUCCUCGAGAAACUCUUCAGAAAGUGCUGCGUCAGGGUCAAGUACAUAAUUGCCGACCAGCUUGCGGUGGAGGCGAAGCAGGAGGACGAGUCGGAGUACGAGGGUGGCGGUGGUGCUUCGUACAACGGAGGGGAAGGCUCUCUCUCACGUCACCAAGCGCGAAGCGCCGUGAGGGGGUGGGUCUACGAGCAAUCCAUCUGUACUCGAGCGGUGUUGGCGGCGUGCGGGAGUCCAAUUUUGUCGGGGCUUUGGGAGGUAAAGGUGUGGGAUAAGGAGGAAGGGGGUUGGUCGUAUGCACACCUCCGUGGUGAUUGUUAGAUGCCGGGUAGUAGACUAGACCUACAGUACGUCCCCUUGAGAGUGUUGCCUUCACGCCGACGGAGAUUUCAAAUCCCCCUUUUAGGCUUGCCGCUGUUCCAUGCUCGUGGUGGAUAAUGGUUCUGAUAAGAAUGCUGCGUGCCGGUUGGGGGCGGGCGGUUACGACUGACUUCGUUUGGUGCUUGCCCACGGCGGUGCAUGUCCUUACCUCCUUCAAUUGCUUUCUUUUUCGUCAUCGGGCUAGAAGCGUGCCGGCUUCCUUCUUCUGUAGGUGGUGCGCAUGCACUCGUCGUUCGUGUGAUACGAUCGUACAGCGCUGCGGCGAGCGAGCCGCGCGACCGGAUCGGAUCGCUCAUUGGGUGCGGUGCUUGACAGGACUUGUCGCCAUCCCGGAGCCAGCAGCAGGCGUGACUGUUUUCGUCCAACCAAGUGAUUGUUUUGGUCCAAUCGAGCAGGAGUGGAUAGAUAGAAUAAUAGCAGCGCUGCUGUGUUGGUACAAGCAAGCUUGACUCGGUUGGUGGAAAAAAAAACGAAACUUUGAAUCACGGACUCAACACGAGAGGUGUUAGGAUCAAUGUUGGCAAGGCGCCCCUGUCCUACCGGCUACUUGUUCUAUCUUGCACCUCUGCGCGCACGAUAUCAGCGUGGUAUUGUUUUCGCCGCUGUUUCGAUUACUACAGCACUGGUUUUUUGUUUUUCGGCGUCGUCAUUGUAUCUGUGGUUGCCUGGUGUCGGUGUUGGUGUUAGUGGUGGUGGGGAUGUGUGUGCGUACAAGUGUAGAACCUUAGCACCACUCUCUACUACUGCUGUGCCACCCUACCUAGCUCUCCUCAUAGAAAUGGGCUUAUUGUGUGACGGCCGACAGCCCGGGAAGAAACGAUGA